AUGAAUCUACUCCAGCGCGGACGAUUCAACAUCCGUCAAUGGAUCUCCAACGACCCUGAACUUCUUGAUGGUUUAAACAAGAAGCAGAUCCAUCCGAAAUUCUUUGACGAGUCCACGGUGAAGACGCUCGCCAAUAGGGUGGCCGACGAACAAGGCAAAACAGACAUUGCUGCUUGGCGACACGUGAGAUCUCAAGACAACCCAGCUGAUCUACUAUCAAGGGGACAAUCACCAACCCAAUUUCUUCGCGAUUCGAACUGGCGGCACGGACCCGAAUGGCUAUCCACCAUCGAAUCAACAUGGCCAAAAUCGAAAUUCGACAUCACGGAAGAUGUGCCAGAGGUGAAACGUCUCAAGUGUCUCGCUACCAUUAGCCAUACCGAUGAAAUCCUAACCAGACAGCCUCACAAGAACAAAGGACCUCUGACAUUCGAAGAGCUCCAAUCGGCAAACGAUCAAAUAAUAAGAUUAGUCCAAGCAUCGGCUUUCGCCCAAGAUCUACAAAAUCUGAAAACCGGGUCAAAUUUACACGCGAAAAGUCACCAUAUCACAAAUCUGAUCGUUCGCGACAAACAUGUGAGCAAUCACCACGCCGGCAUUACCACAACCUUAUAUGCCGUGCGACAGAAAUACUGGCCGAUCGACGGAAAGAAUACGACUCGCAAAAUCGUGCGACAAUGCGUCAGGUGUUUCAGGGUGAAUCCGCCUACACCCGAAUACAUCAUGGGAAAUCUACCUGCCUCCCGAGUUACCGAAACGCGGCCCUUCUACAACUGCGGUGUAGAUUAUUGCGGUCCCUUUUAUAUCAAGGAACGGCGCUUCCGCAAUGGCACCAAAUUAAAAAUUUACGUUGCCGUAUUCAUAUGUCUGGCUACCAAGGCCGUUCAUCUGGAGGUUGCGAGCGAUAUGACGACCGAAGCGUUUAUCGCGGCAUUAAAACGUCUCAUCGCGCGUCGAGGCAUAUGCCGCAACAUUUAUUCCGAUAACGGCUCUAAUUUCGUGGGAGCUAACAAUGAAUUACGGGAACUCCAAGGAAUCUUGAAAAAGAACGAUAGGGUAGGAAAUUUUCUCGCGGGCAAGGGAAUUACAUGGCACUUCAUGCCUGCCCUUUCACCACACUUCGGCGGGAUAUGGGAAGCCGCGGUGAAAUCCUUUAAACACCAUGUCAAGCGAGUCGUUGGGGAUGAAUUGUUCACGUUCGAGCAAUUCAAUACAUUCAUCACUGAGGUCGAAGCGAUUUUGAAUUCUCGCCCUUUAACUCCCCUAUCCUCAGAUCCUCAAGAUCCGUUAGCCUUAACACCUGGUCACUUCUUCAGCACAUCCAAAAGGUCAAGCAAGACUUUUGGACUCGGUGGCAUAAGGAGUAUAUCAACCACCUUAACGUACGACAAAGGUGGAGCCAGGGCUCCCAUGACAUCCGAGAAGGCACCAUCGUCGUUCUAA